GAGAAGGAGGGAUGGAGCCAAAACUGGCAACCCUGCUCAAACUGCCAAACGUUGUCACUGGGUGGCUGUGACAGGGAGAGGAGAUGCCAGAGGGAGACAAAUAGAAGCUUGGGAAUUCUUGCCACUUUGUCAUGGGCCCUCGGGGGUCGAUCAAGUGGCACCAGCACUAACCAAGUAAAGGAGAGGGAAGACAGACGGGUGGAAGGAACACUUACUCAAACAGAAGGCUUCUUAUAAGGAGGAGACUGGUCCAGCGGGAGGCAAACCAUCAGCGUGGCGCCCUCCACGAGCAGAAAGGAAGAAGAAGAGCAUCUGCCGUGUGGUGAUUCCUCGUACAGGGCCGGCGAGAUGAAGAGACCUCACGACUACAGCUCCGAGGAAUCGGACACGGACGAGCUGAUUGACGUGGGACAAGAGGACAGCUACUGGUGAGCAUCCACUGCCUUAACACACCUGACAUAGUGACACAGGUACAUGGAAUGAAGAAAAGCCAGCGCAAAAUUGAGAUAAGUUGGUAAAAAUGACUAAAAGGCAAGAUCAGUGACUCUUGUGCUGUUACUUAGUUUUAACUACUGGUUUUGAAUUACGUGAACUCAAAAUAAUAAUAAUAAUGCAUUAAAACUGCGUAAUCCAUCAAACCUGAAAUUACAAAAGGAAGAAAAAUAUUAACUGCAUUAAAAACACAUUUUAACUCUUAAUUAUUUGUAUUUUUUUUUUCUUUUAUGCUGAUUUCUUUCUCCGUAAACAUGUACGCUUCUGAUCACAUUAGGUGCCCAUGCACACUUAAUGAGAUGCAAUACAAGCACUAUAUCAUUUCCAAUCAGUAGAUGUACACUACAUCAUACUGAGGGGUGUUUAUCAUUUUUCGACCCACUGGGGUUGGUAUAAAAGGUCAGCCAAACACUAGAAACAGCUCUUAGGAUGAUGCUAACUGUACUUAACUACUUAUAUAAUUAAAUAUGACACCACCGCAAAACACCAGCACAAUAAUAAGCAUACUAUAUUCAGUGAAUAUUGCUCAAAAAUGAGAAUUAUUAUCUUUGUAAAGGCAGAAUUUUUGAUGGAUAAUUCUUGUAUUGGAUGUGUUUCUAGUCAUACGCAUGGAAAAACAUAAUAAAUAUAAAAAUAGGAGGACACACAGGCCGUGAAGCAUAAUGACUAAAUAAGUAAUAUGUUGUAUUGGAACAUACUGUGGGGAUUAUCACAAGCGGACCGCCUGCGACAGCGUCACUCGUCACGGACAAAACGAUUCCAACUUAUUUGUCAGCGUGUGUUUGCAUUCGCAGGAAUUCUGGCGACACCACAGGGCCCUCAGCGAGGCUGUACGUGACAUGAAAGACGGGCCGCGGGGUCAAUCAAAUUGCCGCGUGACAUGCGAACAGAAGACAGUGCCGGUCCUUUCAAGUGGGAGCCAUCAAACGGCGACCUAAACAAAACCACACGGCUAAAUUGGCAGCGGUAAACGUCUAACAAAAACACAAUGGGGACAAAGUUGGCGCUCGAAUAGCUGUCAUGACACUCCCGUGAAGAGAGUAGAGCGUGCAAACAAACAUGUACGGAGCUGGGAUUGUGGCCCAUUUGAGCGAGCGCAAGGCCCGGAGGCUCUAUAAUCAUCUACAUAAACACUUUUAAGCCAAACAGCGCUAGUCGUCCCUCUCCGGAGGCCAACAAGAUGUAAUCCAAUUGAAGAGCUCUGAUGUGCCAUCCUGCCUCUGCGCCAUAUUAAAAGACGGGGUAAUCAGAACAAUAUGUCGACUCACCAUUUAUUCUGCUGAAUCAUGCAGCCCAGUCACCGGGUCCAUGUCCCCUGGCAGCGCUUCACAGAUUCUGGCCCGAAAGAAGAGAAGGGGGGUGAGUGCAUUAAAGCCUUAGGCCUGACUUUAUAGUCUGAAAUGUGGUUGAACACUGGUAUUUUUAAAAAAUGUACAUUUGUCUACAACUUUGACUUUUUUGGAAAACAACCAGUAGAAUGAAAGCUCGCUAAAUUUGAUAUUCACGCUACAUUAAUGAUUCCCAUUUGAUUUGUUAUUGUUAUAUUGUGUCUUUUCCUGAAGAGACUUUCGUUUGGCUGAAAAGUUGACGCUAUAGUGCCACCAGGGUUGCCAACAAAUGCUUAUUACUAUCAUCGAGAAGAGGCGCAGGGACCGGAUCAACCAUAGCCUGUCUGAGCUAAGGAGGCUGGUACCAAGUGCCUUUGAGAAACAGGGCUCCUCCAAAUUGGAGAAAGCAGAGAUUCUGCAAAUGACUGUAGACCACCUCAAACUUCUGCAUGCCAUGGGUGGCAAAGGGUACUUUGACGCGAGGGCCCUGGCAGUGGACUACAGGACUCUGGGCUUCAGGGAGUGCGUUGGAGAGGUGGUGCGGUAUCUCAGCACCCUUGAAGGAGACUCCCCAGACCCGAUAGGAGCCCGCCUGGUCACCCACCUCUCCCACUGUGCGAGCGAGCUGGACCCCCUUCUCCUUCAGUCGCCCCCAAGCUCCGCUUUGCCCUUCCCUCCUUGGCCCUGGGUGUCCUUCCCGCAGAUGUCCCCCACCCUGCCACCCGCCUCCGCCUCCCCGCCGUUCCCCAGCGGACGAAGGGAUCUCGCCCUGAUGGGGAGUUACCCCCCACCCACCUCCCUCCGCCUCGCGCCGCUGGUCGGCUGCCAGCAGGGGGUGCCACCUCUCCUCGCCCCCACUGCGCUGGCCAGCGUUCACAGGCUGCCAUCCCUCACCACGUCCCCGUCUUCAGGCCCGUCCAGGCCGACCCAGGCGUCCCCUCACAGCAGGACCUCGCCUCUUCCUCCCGCCCCUUCCGCUUCCUCUCCACCCACCGCACCACCCCUCAUCUCUUUCAGACCGUUUGCACCUCUGGGGUCUCCCACAGUCCAACGCAGGGGCUUGAGCGGCAAGUCGGGCCAGGGAUGGGCGACUGAAAUUGGAGCUUUUUGAAGACUUUGAUAAAAUCCCAAAUGAACUAUGCAGAAGCGGACAUUUGAGGACAGUCUGUGUCUUCUUGAAAGACUCUACAAGCCAUAUCAGACUGAACCUCUCAGAUAAUGACAAACAAUGACGAUUAACGAAUAGAAGAAUGUUCAACAGAGCCAUAUGUGGAUGUUUAACUCAGAGCAUUGACUUUUCAACUGUGACGUUUGCAUUAGUUCCCAAAAUCAUUGAUACUUAAGAUUAUUGUGUAUGGCAAAGAAUGUUUUGGAUAAAAAAAAAAUUCCAUAAAGACAAAGUGCCUUUAACUUUUGAUUGUGUUCAUUAUUGACAUGUGUUUUUACCUCCACCAAGGCUUUCCACCACUGAGUUUAACCUCAUACUACACAAUUUUUUUUCCUAUAUAUUUUCUAAUUUCUUUUCAAUAUAGCCCUAAUACUAGUGCAAGCCUCCAUCUUAACCUGCUUAAUAGUUUGACUUUAUUCUCACAAAAAAUGGCAUUGCUCUCACUAUAUUUCAACUUUUUUUUUGUAAUACUUUAUUCUUGUGAUAAAACAACUCUAUUCUUGUCAAAUUAGGACUUUUUCUUGAAAUAUUAUGACUUUAUUCCUUUUUUUUCAGUGUGGCUCCAAUACCCUCAUCUUAACACAGGUAUAAGUUUACUCUUGUGGUAUUAUGUCUACCUCGUAAUUUUACAACUUUUUUUUUUUUUUUAGUAAUUUCCUGAGUUUAUUGUCCUAUUAUUCUGACUUUUUUCACAAUAUUCAGAUUUUUUUUCCACAGAUUUAUGACUUUUUGCUGUAAUGUUUAGACAUUAUACGCAUAGUGUUUUUGUGUGUGUCUCGAAUAUUCCUUCACCGGGUUACAAUAAAACUAAUUAACUGGUGUCCAUGAAACUGAAUGAACUAGUGGGGUAGGUGGCAAGGAAGACUGCAUUAAAUUCUGGAUGCAUCUUAUUUAAUAAUGAGAGAUUUGUUAACAU